UACUAUCAGUGUGUGAUCGCCUGACACAAACGUUCCAGCGGGCCAGAGCUACAACAUAAAACAACACCGCGGGAAAGUUGACAAAAUUUCAACGACAACAAACAUGAGUAAACAGCCGAUAAAUGUGAUGUCGUCAAAGCUGGGUAUUUCGUCGCUCAGAACGAUAGAAAAGGCCAAGGAGUUGCAGCAGCUGAUGGAUGUACGUGUUGGCAGUGGAUCAUUGGCUGCUCUUGGUAUCACAGGAUCCUGCCCCCUCAUCAUGUGCCUGGACCUGGCAGCCUCGGCUACCGGCCAGACUCUCACCAAGACAGAAGCCAUUCGACUGUCCGGUGUCAACAAGAAGGUGUAUGCCAAUGGUCUGAGGGCGCUGGAGAGUAUGUUGGAGCUUGAGGUGAAACAGACCAUCAAAGACUUGGCGGUACAGUUUGGCUGCUCAGGGGCAGUAACUCUAGCUGAACAGGCCCUUCAGAGAUAUGAACAAAGUCACAACAGUAAAUCUUGUACACAGAUGGACUUCUCUGCCCCUAUGUUCCAAGCCUCGGCUCUGUAUGCUGCAUGCAGGAAACUGAAGACAAAAGUUGACAGAAAAAAAAUUGUGGAAGUGUGUAGUAUCAAGCGUACAACAUUUGACCGCCUGGUGGCAGACCUGGAAAAACAAGUGGAGACAAUCAUCGGUGAACAAGGCAAGGUAAAAUCAACAGCUAUUAAGAAACGACCAAAGUCAUUAAUGGAUGAUGUUGAGCGUCACAUGCAAGAGGAGGAAAGCAAGCGAGCAAAGACAGAUAAUUCAGAGGAAAGUGGUGGAAAUGUUGAUUAUAAAGACUGGAAAAAGAGAAUCCUGGAAAAGGCUUUAAAAGCUAAAAAGGAAGCUAAGGCAGAAAAAGACACAAGUAAUACUGCAGAUUCCUGAUAAACGUCAAAGAUGUGUGGAUUGGUGGAGUAAUGGACAUGUUUGAUUGGUUAUUCCUCGUCAAUAAACCUUGUGUUACCUGUAUAUCUCUGGAGUUGGGGCUAUAUAUGUGGAUCUCAGUUUCGGCAGAGUUACUAACAGCUUUGGUUGAGAAUUACUUUUAAAAAACCUUUAUUUACCCGCAUGUAUCGUUGGAGUUAAAGCUGUAUGUGUGAAUCUGUGAUAUUUGCAGAGUUACGGAAACCUUUCAUUCAGAUUUGCUCCUCAGAACUCUUGUGUUACUGGUAUAUGUCUCUGGAGUAAAAGCUGCAUGCUACCUAACUGUGAUAAGUAUCUCCACUUCAAAAAGAGCUCUACACUGUACAAGGUCUUUCGUUAUAGUACAAGGUUAAUUAAUUUUAAUAAAGUUAACAGGAAUAAAUACAUUGAUAAACACAGUAACACUGCUUGUUCUGAGAUAAUGUAUUGGUUAACAAAUAUGAAUAAAAUUAGGGAGAUAGCUCUCAAAUUACACA